AUGGCUGAAAUCCCGCAGUUCGAUGAGGACAUGGAGCUCACUGAUGAGAUGCUCGAAGCGAUGGAAAUGCCGGACGAACCCGCUGGAUCCAACUUCCCACGCACCCGGUCUCCCACCGACGCCCCCGCCCCCAAGAAGCCUUGCGUCGCCGCCGACUCCAGCAUCCCCCCCCCCAUGAGACGACUGCCGCUACCUCUGAGCCGCCACGUGGUUACCCUGAUCUUCCCCGAGGCCGGAGCCGACGCUAUCCGAGCCACCCUUUUCUCCAAGAUCCGCGCGAAGCUGAGCCCGUCUCUCUUCGACUGCGGCUUCAUUCCUGAUGCCCGCCCUACCAACGGAGAAACCCUGCGCUUCCCCGGGCGGGCCUAUGCAUCGAUCUACUUCUCCUAG